UCACGGGGAGCCAUUGUCCAUGGCUGAAUACCGAAGGCAUCUCCAUUGUCAAAAUAAUAUUUUCUUAUUGAUGUAAGUAAAAUGGCUGGAAGCCCGGAAGCAUCCUCCAUUGUCAUCAAAAUUUUUCCUUAUUUAACAGUACCUACCCGAAGCAUUCUCAUUUCAAUCCCUCCCUAGCGGAUGUUUUAAAAUUCAAUUCCCCAACCCCUCCCCCCUCUCACCCCCUUCUCCUCCCCCCCUCCCUUUCUCCCGAGUCGCCAAAAAAAAAAAGGUAGAGCUAUUAGCGGAUUAUCUCACCUGUUGGCGUUUACUGCGUUGUUGAGUUUAAUGUUGAUCGAUUGCAGAUCCAGGAACUUAAAGAAAUGGAGACAAAAUGUCGCUCAACGGAUUCCAGAUUACAAGACCCACCACUUAAAAUCGAUCCUUUUGAACCAGAUGAACCAAGUGAGAUCUGUAGUUCCAGUACAACAACUUCUGCUCAUGCACAGCAAGAUUCUCGUUUAGCAAAAGAAAUCUAUUUUAAAGUAGGUGUGCCUCUACACAAUGCUGCUCAAAGAGGUGACUGGAAAGCGGCUAGACGAAUCAUAAAAAAAUAUGAGUCUAUUUUGCGUGCCCGUAUCACGAAAGGCGGGCAGACUGUUCUUCAUAUUUCUGCAGGAGCUAGACAUGUACGAUUUGUUAAAAAGUUGCUGAAAUUGUUAGACGACCAUGACUUAGCUAUACAAGAUCUAAAAGGGAAUACAGCCUUUACUUAUGCUGUGGCAGCUGGAUCCCGGCGAGUGGCUGAGAUGAUGAUACUGAAAAAUCCAAGUCUGCCAACAAUUCGUGGUGGUCAAGGAAUGUCGACUCUUUAUACUGCAGCUGCGUUUGGUCGUGGAGACAUAGCGUGGCUUCUGUAUCCGAAACUCAUAAAAGUUAUUGACGAAGCAGAACGAACUGGAAUAUUUUUUACUUUCAUCAGCCACAACAUGUAUGAACUAGCCUUCAGAAUUCUAAAUGACUACCCGGCCCUUGCAUUUGCUCGUGAUGACAAUCAUGAGACAGCCUUACAUUUGUUGGCUCAAAAGCCUUCAGCAUUUUCCACCAAAACUUCAGCAAUAUGGAGGGUCCUCGUUUACUCAUGUACAAAGCAGAACGGAAAGUUGGCAAAAGUUCCUGGGCUUCAAUUAUUAAAGUGCCUUCUGAAUCAAGUUUUACGGCAGAAUGACAGCUUGGUUAACGAGAUCAUAAGAAUGCCGUCUCAUGUAAUGUUUAUGGCAACAAAGUUGGGUAAUUCCAAAUUUGUGGCUGAGCUUAUCGACUCCCAUCCGGAUUUAAUAUGGGAAACAGAUGAGUGCAAUCGGACUAUAUUUCACAUUGCAGUUAUGUACCACCAUGCAAGUAUCUUCAAUCUAGUACAUAAGUUGGGUGUAUACAAGGAGUUCGUACUCUCUUUCAAAGAUGAUCAGAAGAAUAACAUAUUGCAUUUAGCGGCAAAGCUAGUUCCAGGACAUCAGUUGAGUAACAAGUCAAGACAUGCCAUUCAAAUGCGUGGAGACUUAUUGUGGUUUGAGGUACGUAUUUAUAUCCCUUCUAUCUUAUUCUCUCUUCUGUUGGUUCGAGGCAACUCGUUGUUGAAAAAAUUGGAUCUAUUUGUUAAGAAAAUUAAGAAAUCAUUUAUCCAAAUAAAUACUUAAUAGAAUGACUAAACCAACCCAAGUCAAAACUACUUAAAGCUUCAGGUUUAGGAAAUAUAUAUAUAUAUAUAUUUUUUUUGAGAAUGGAAAAAAAAAAAAAAAUUCUGAACAUAUCUCCUGAUGAGAAUAUUGCCUCCUCCUCACAUGUACUUUAACAUUCACAUCAACAAACGUCUCACAGGAGGCUAGGACAUUUAACUUCAAAACUUAAGAAUAAUAAACUCAAGUUGUGUUUAGUCCUAUCUAGAAAAAGACUCUUAUAAAACAAAGGUAAAAUAGCUAAAUUACCCCCUGACUUUUUCCAUAAUUGUCGAUUUACCCCCUGACAUUUGAAUUUUGAUUAUUUACACCCUAACUUUUCUAAUUGUGACCGAUUUACACCCUAUUGUUAACUUUUGGACUUUAUAUCUAAUGCCUCCUUUAACUUGACCUCAUGUGUUGGCCAUUUUUGUCCUUCCAAAUGUUACCAAUAAAAAAAUAAAUAAAAGAAAAAAAAAUUAAGAAAAGAAAGAAUCUCCCUCUCUCCUUUAACAUAUGUUUCAAAUUGUCAUAUGAAUUGGUGACUUUUUACCUACCAUCUUUAGGUCAAUUAUCAUUUGAAUUUGUGCAACAACGUCAUCUUGAUAUAAAUAAGAUUUAUCUUUUAAACAAUAGUACAUAUUCAACAAGCAUAAAAAAUAUAUAUAUAUUAAGACAGAUGUUAAGAGAGAGAGAAAUUCUCUUUAAAAAAUAAAAAAUUGUGACAAAUGAAAAGACAAAAAUGCCCAAUACUUGAGGUCAAGUUAAAAGAUGAAUUGGAUAUAAAGUCCAAAAGUUAACAAUAGAGUAUAAAUCAGCCACAAUUAGAAAAGUCAGGGUGUAAAUAAUCAAAAUUGAAAUGUCAGAAGGUAAAUCGGCAAUCAUGGAAAAAGUCAGGGGGCAAUUUGACUAUUUUGCCUAAAACAAACUUUAUAAAUGAUAAAAUCCGUAGGAAUUUAUAAAUAAUGAAAUUCUUAACUCCAUCAAUCUAAAAUUUCAUUAAUUAUAAUUUCUAUUGUUUGGUUAUAUCUAUUUAGGAUUUGAAAUGUGUAAUAAAUUUAGAAAGUUAAAAAAAAAAAAAAUAGAAAAAAGCCUUGUUUUGGAAAUAAAAAUUGAAUACAGCAAAGAAAUUCGUAAAUGACACAUAUUUUAGUGGAAAUUGAAGUGGAGCAUUUAAAUAAUGAAUUCCUUCAUUUUUUUUUCCACAGAAAAAUUUAAAAUUUUCAAUUUGAUAAUGCCAAACGAGAAAAUUGGCUUUUAAGAAUCAUGAAAUCCUCAUUUUUAAUUAAAUUCCAUCAUUUUUUUCCCUCAUUCAAACACAAGGAAAACACUGAAGAAAUUUUUAGAUUCCCUUGGGGUAUGCCCAAGUGGUGAAGGGUAGGAGGUUGGGAAUUGAGUUAGAACUAAACUAAAUCCGAGCUUCAAUUUCCUUUCAAUUUAAAUAAAAAAUAAUAAUUCUAAUCUUAUCUACAUAAUGUGGUCGUAUUACGCCUCAUAAGUGUGUGUUGCAUAUGUUAUUGGUCAAUAAAGGAAGAACACGAGGACUUGUCAAUCACUUCUUCAACUUUUUUAUUUUUUCAGAUGAUUUUAUUUGUUAUGAUCUUGUAUGUUUUAUUAGGAAUUAAUGGAGCUAAAGAGAAAAAUAUUACUAUCUGAUCGAAUAGGACAAAGUAUCUCAGCUUCUUUUAUCUUCUUUUUCUAUCCGCAUUAUUAUUUAUGCGAAAGAGUCUUUUUUUUUUUUUUUUUGAUCGAUUGCGAAAGAGAGUCAAGAGUGCAAACAUCUGUCCUAAAACCGACUAUAUGUACAGUAUAUGAUGCUCCAAACAAUUUCCAUACAUAAUGUCUAAUAGUACCAUAUGCAGGAAGUGCAAAAGGUUGUUCCCCCUUGGUAUGCAGAGAGGAGAAAUUUACAAGGUCAAACACCUAGAGAUAUAUUUUAUGAAGAACAUAAUGUCUUAUAGGAUCUAUCUGCAGCAGGGUCGACCCUUAGAUCUUCACUUUUCUUCUGCCUGCAAAAUAAAACCAUAAGAAUUCUCUUUGAUUUUUGUUUUGUUUAAUUAUUAUUUUUUCUAAGGGGCUAAAAUGUGUUUAAACAUUUGGGGGCGCUACAGACACCAAUUGUCGGCCUAAGCCCAUAACAGGUCUGCUCUAGGGCAGAAGUUUUAAUUUCUGUAUGAAUCACCAUGUACAUGUAUAAUGUGUCGUGCACAAGUUCUAGAGAUUGCUUAACAGCCACAGGAGGACAUCCAUGAACAAGGGUUUUUUCUUUUGUUUGUUCUUAACCAAAAAAUAAAAAAAUAAAAAAAUAAAAAAUAAAAAAUAAAAAAUAAAGGAACAAAAAAGAAGAUGUGGAUUGUUGCUUGGGAUGGUAUUGUAUUUAAGACAUUUCUGUAAUCACUAAUUGUGAAUAUGUACUUAUAACGUCGCCAAUCAGAAAUUUUCAUCUAUUUAUUUAUUUU